CCGGAAGUAAUAUGUAUUCGGAACUUUAUUUUCGGAACUCCUCAUACUUUAUCAUUUGAAUCUCACGUGUGAAUACAAAUUGGCAAAAUAUGACAACAACAUUUUCAAACCCAUCCCAGCUCUUGCCUUUAGAGUUGGUGGAUAAAUGUAUUGGAUCUCGCAUUCACAUCAUCAUGAAAAAUGACAAAGAAAUUGUAGGAGUGUUGCUGGGUUUUGAUGACUAUGUCAAUAUGGUGUUGGAAGAUGUCACAGAAUUUGAAAGCACACCAGAAGGAAGAAGAGUGACAAAACUGGAUCAAAUUUUGUUGAAUGGAAACAAUAUCACUAUGUUGGUUCCUGGGGGUGAGGGUCCAGAAACUUAGGAAAGAAAGAUCUCAGCAUUUUAUCAGGGGAGCGCCAUCUUUCAUGGAACAUUUAAACAUUUUUUUUUUACACCCAAUUCACUUUUGUCAACAUCAUGUUAUACAAGAUUGAAAUAAAUGUUGUUUAAUUCAA